CCAAAAUGAUAAUAGAGAACCUAGAGACCCAUUCUAAAUAGAUGGGAAAAGAAAAAAAAAAAGAAUAAUAUCUGCCUAGAGAUGUUCAAAUUAAGAGUAUGGGUAUAGGAAAGGAGUUGGCAAUGUGUUCCUCUUUUAUCUUAAAACAAAUCCAAAUUUCAGCCAACUCAGUCAUACCCAACACCAUUACAAACUUGAGAAGUAGACUGAUGGUGUCUCUGACAAAAACUCCGCAGUGUUUGGUGGAGUUUGGACUCUAACUUCUCAACUUUAGAGGGUUAGAAAAGUAAAACAUAGGGAGGGGGAAAUGUUAGCUUUCAUGUUUUUCCUUGGAGACGGAAAAAAACCAAAGCCGCGUUUCAGCAAUUCAAGCAACAACUUACAUUCUUAACAGUCGUCAUCUAAGAAAAAGGGGGUGAGGGAUACUUAAAUCUAAAGCAGAGCCAGUCACAAUGCAGACACUUCUUUGCCCUCCCUCGAACGAAAUGAACGAAAUACGCCAGUCCAUGCUUGCUAACGUUCUCAGAAAGUGGACUUUAGAGCAGCUGGCGAGAAUAUACUGAAUUACCGAAUUCCAGUGAUGACGCGCGUCACAAUCGCUAAGCGACUCGAAACGACACGGAACAGCUAACGUUGGCAUCUCAAGGAACCUUCACCCGCAAACUACUUCACCUUCAAAAGGAAGCAGGCAGAGCAUAGAAACAGGCACGGAUGACCUAUCCUACAGAACAGGCAGAGACACCCAAUCCCCGAAACACGUCAAACAGGAGAAACUACAUCUCCCAGAAUGUAGAGCGAACAAGAACCCGGUGCAUGGUGGGACGUGCAGUGGCGCUGUCUGAAAGGCCUAGGGAAGUUUCCUGUUCAGGCCCCACUGCCUUUCCAUACACUAGAGUGUUUCAAAAAUAAGCCAGAAGUUGCUAAAACCGCGCCGGCAGGUCGCUGUUAUUCACAACAUGAUACUUCUGCAGCAAAGUAGUUUCUGAACAACUUCCGUUUCCGGUUGGCCCAUUGCCUUGGAAACGAGGAUGCACAACAAUCUGGGAGAAGAUGGCGGGGCUGAGCAGCUCGCAGAUCCCCGACGGUGAGUUCACGACCGUGGUCUACCGGCUCAUCCGCGACUUCCGCUACUCAGAGGCGGUGCAGCUGCUGGCCGCCGAGCUGCAGAGGAGCCCCCGCAGCCGCGCCGGGCUGUCGCUGCUGGCCUACUGCUACUACCGCCUGCAGGAGUUCGAGCUCGCUGCAGAGUGCUAUGAGCAGCUGAGCCAGAUGCACCCGGAACUCGAGCAGUACCGCCUCUACCAGGCCCAGGCGCUGUACAAGGCCUGCCUGUAUCCCGAGGCCACGCGGGUCGCCUUCCUCCUGGACAACCCCACCUAUCAGACUCGCGUCCUUCGUCUCCAGGCUGCUAUCAAGUACAGCGAGGGCGACCUGCCAGGAGCCAGGAGCCUGGUGGAGCAGCUGCUGAGUGGGGAGGCUGGAGAAGACAGUGGAGGGGAGAAUGAUUAUGAUGGCCAGAUCAACCUGGGCUGUCUGCUCUACAAGGAGGGACACUAUGAAGCUGCCUGCUCCAAGUUCUCAGCGGCCCUGCAGGCCUCUGGCUACCAGCCUGACCUUUCCUACAACCUGGCUUUGGCAUAUUACAGCAGUCGUCAGUAUGCCCCUGCUCUAAAGCACAUCGCUGACAUCAUUGAGAGAGGCAUCCGUCAGCACCCAGAGCUAGGUGUGGGCAUGACCACCGAAGGCAUAGAUGUCCGAAGUGUUGGCAACACCGUAGUCCUUCACCAGACGGCACUGGUCGAAGCCUUCAACCUCAAGGCAGCCAUAGAGUACCAGCUGAGAAACUACGAGGCCGCCCAGGAAGCCCUCACUGACAUGCCGCCCAGGGCAGAGGAAGAGUUGGACCCUGUGACCCUGCACAACCAGGCUCUGAUGAACAUGGAUGCCAGACCUACGGAGGGGUUUGAGAAGCUCCAGUUCCUGCUCCAGCAGAACCCCUUUCCCCCAGAGACCUUCGGCAACCUGCUGCUGCUCUACUGUAAAUAUGAGUACUUUGACCUGGCAGCUGAUGUCCUGGCAGAGAAUGCCCAUUUGACGUACAAGUUCCUCACGCCCUAUCUCUAUGACUUCUUGGAUGCCAUGAUCACUUGCCAGACGGCUCCUGAAGAGGCUUUCAUAAAGCUGGAUGGGCUAGCUGGCAUGCUGACUGAGCAGCUCAGGAGACUCACCAUACAAGUGCAGGAUGCAAGACACAACAGAGAUGAUGAAUCUGCUAAAAAGGCGGUGAAUGAAUACGAUGAAACUCUCGAGAAGUAUAUCCCUGUCCUGAUGGCCCAGGCAAAAAUCUACUGGAAUCUUGAAAACUAUCCCAUGGUGGAGAAAAUCUUCCGCAAAUCUGUGGAAUUCUGCAACGACCAUGAUGUGUGGAAGCUGAAUGUGGCCCACGUUCUCUUCAUGCAGGAAAACAAGUACAAAGAGGCCAUCGGCUUCUAUGAGCCCAUCGUCAAGAAGAACUACGACAACAUUCUGAGCGUCAGCGCCAUUGUCCUAGCCAACCUCUGCGUCUCCUACAUCAUGACAAGUCAGAAUGAGGAAGCCGAGGAGCUGAUGAGGAAGAUUGAGAAGGAGGAAGAGCAACUCUCAUAUGGUGACCCAGACAAGAAAAUCUACCACCUCUGCAUUGUGAACUUGGUGAUAGGAACCCUCUAUUGUGCCAAAGGAAACUAUGACUUUGGUAUCUCCAGGGUUAUCAAAAGCCUGGAGCCUUACCAUAAAAAGCUAGGAACUGACACGUGGUAUUAUGCCAAAAGAUGCUUCCUGUCCUUGCUAGAAAACAUGUCAAAACAUACGAUCAUGCUGAGGGACACUGUUGUUCAAGAAUGUGUCCAGUUUCUAGAGCACUGUGAACUGUAUGGCAGAAACAUCCCUGCUGUUAUAGAACAGCCUUUGGAGGAAGAGAGAAUGCACAGUGGAAAGAAUACAGUCACGUAUGAGUCGAGAAAAUUAAGGGCUCUGAUUUAUGAGAUCAUUGGAUGGAAUGUGUAAUUAAUUAAGGCCGGCAAUGACUUUUAUCAUAAUGACUUUAUAUGUAAAUUUUCAAUUUUACCUGUAUCUAGUUUUUGCUAUUUGUGAGACUUUGUACAUUUUAGUGUAAUACAAACACUGUUAACUGUAACCUGCCCUUUUAAAUUACCCAUCAAGUGUAGGAACGGAGAAAGAUGUGUCUAUCAUGUUUUUAACUUUCUGGUCUGAUGUAUCUUGGGCGUAUUUGUACUAAUAUUAUCGAAACCACACACUAAGUUCGGAACCUAGUACAAUGUAAUUAAUGUCUUUUAGGAAUCAUUCCAGGGAUUGUGUCUUCUCUUUGCACAACUCCCAUGUUUUUAUUCUUAUUUUUUGGUUUUUCGAGUCAGGGUUUUUCUGCAGCUUUAGAGCCUGUCCUAGAACUAGCUCUUGUAGACCAGGCUGGUCUCGAACUCCAGAGAUCCGCCUGCCUCUGCCUCCCGAGUGCUGGGAUUAAAGGCGUGCGCCACCACCGCCCAGUAACUCCCAUGUUUUUAUAGAGAAUUUAGAGUAUCAGUUUUCUAAUAUAGUAUUUUGUGCAGAUUAAGUUCCCUAGGCAAUAAAUUGUUUUGCUAGUGUGCAAGAUUCAGUAGAUUCACGUAACGAACUACAACAUGAAUAAAUACUACAAAUAUUGUAAAAGAAAA